AUGGCCGAAGUGCAAUAUUUCGGCUCUUCGGCAAAAACUCUCUUUUAUUGUCUACUCCUUCCAAUCUCGGAUCGAGAAUACUUUGCGAAAAUCGCUUAUUUUACUCGUAAACCCGGUUCACGAAAUACCGAAAACUUUUUUGAGAUUUCUAACAUCGAAGUCGGCGCCGCGUCACCUCCCUUUUCGUUAAAAUCCUUUGAAUUUGUUGAAUCCUCUGGUCGUAUUCUUAUAGGCUUCGGACCAGCCUUAUCUUACUUCGACCCUCAACCAAAACCUUUACUUCUACCUCUAUCGGAAACACUUGCUCCGGAAAUGCCUUUCAAAAUGAACACCGGUCUUAAGAUCUACACCACUCUUCUUCCUUUUGCUCCUCUUGCUCUUCCAUUAAGCCUUGCGCUAGUUAUAAUCGACCUUGCUAUCCUUCACGCCUUUAUGACUACUCGCAUGCUAUUGCUAAGCGCCCCAAGAGCUCCUUGCUUCAGUAGUACCAACAUCACCGACUUCAUCGAGAAGUACGAAGAGACUUACUCAAUCGCCUUCUUGCAGGAAUUUGCUAUGCAAGAACGGGAUGUCAAUGACUUAAAAAACUAUUGUCGCACCUUCUUCCGGGUCUCUGAAAGACUUAUUUCAAUGCACCUCUUGAGCAAGACCGAACAAAGCCGCUUGUUCCUUCUCGGAUUGCCCGUCGGAAUUCGAAACAAAACGAUCAAGCAUUAUAAGGUCGACGAACUCGACCUAGACUCUUAUGCCGCCUUCGACGACUUCGUCGCAUUCGCUCUUAAGACCGACCAGAGUGCCAAGACUAUCGAAGCUAUAAAUCGAAAGAAGUCUUUUUUAGCCAACUUUACCAAGGAUAUUCGGACCUUAAUUAAAGAACACACCGAGCCAGCUAGCGUUCUUGAGUUUGCUAAGAAAGCCCUAGUAGUAGUGCCGUUCACCCGUAAACUACGAUUCACGAGUGAAAAAAAAGGAAUUGAUAAAACUAAGUCGUUAACUCAACUUCUCGACGUCUUGUCUAAUCUUAGCCUUAAGUUCGAUUCGAAGACUACGACGAAGCCUUUACUAAGUAUACCGCUCAAGAUGCCCGAAGUAAGGUCAGCUUCGGAAGUGGAGUUCAGAUUGCUGCUAUCGGCUACGGACUAUAAAGACGAAGAAGAAGAAAAGGUAGAGAAUACGAAAACUAAAUGCAAGACUAUGGCUUUUGCGAGAACUCCGAAGACACAACUUAAGCUCUUUAUUAAUACCGAAAUGAGUCCAAAAGAGCUUACCAUUAUCUUUAAAAGACUAGUCGACACUAAGAAUAUCAAUGCUAUAAAGUGGAUCAACACGCUUAGCUAUCUAUCUAGCAUAAAGGUUGCUUCGGUCGAGAUCAACGCCGCCGCGAAAGACAAAGCUAAAAAGCUUCUCUCGCCUUCGAAAAGAUCUAAGCUUAUUAAGAUCAAAAAGAAUAUCCGACAACAAAAGGAAAAGAACUACGGCACUUUUAAAGCCUGUGCCUCUUAA